UCAACACCUAACCAUAGUUAAUUUUACCUAACCAUAGUUAAACAAAGCAAGUUUAUAAUCCUCGCUCACCAUGUCCUCCUCAACUCCUCAAUCCCACGCCCGCUUCCAUAACCGCAUGCUAUGUGCAAACCAUGAUGAUCGGAGAACAUCCUCAUCACCAUCCAAAUCCCACCGUCCAAAUCCCUCAAUGGGACCCAUACGAUGACCAAACAACAUCACCAUCACCGUCAACAAUCCCCUCUUCUCCAUUCACCAACUUCAAUGCGCUCGACUCCCUGACGGCACUUCACCGUUACCUUCCGUCAAACGAGCCAGACCCAUCCUUUGAAGACGAGCUAGACUUACCAGUGGAUGCGUUCUCAUGCGAUCACUUCCGUAUGUACGUGUUCAAAGUGAGAAGGUGUGGACGUGGUCGGUCGCAUGACUGGACUGAAUGUCCGUACGCGCAUCCUGGAGAGAAAGCUCGGCGAAGGGACCCACAAAGGUAUCAUUACUCUGGAACGGCCUGCCCUGAAUUUCGGAAAGGCGGUUGCAAGAAAGGAGAUUCUUGUGAGUUUGCUCACGGUGUCUUUGAGUGCUGGCUCCAUCCUGCCCGUUACAGGACUCAGCCGUGUAAGGAUGGACCUGCUUGUCGCCGCAGGGUCUGCUUUUUUGCUCACACUCCCGAACAGCUUAGGCUCCUUCCUCAGCAUAGUCCUAAAGGAAACGGAUCCGGGUCGUGGGAACUUGAUUUUGGGUCCCUGGUUAUGCAUCCUCUCGACUCUUACCUGACAAAAGCUGGGUCUUUUGUUUCAUCUCCAACCUCGAUUUUGACUUCUCCGCCAGUUUCUCCACCAUCUGAUUCGCCACCGAUGUCACCAGUCAGUCCACAGGUGAUCGGCGGGUCUGGAUCCGGGUCUUUUAAUUCCAUGAGUGAGCUUCUUGCUUCUAUGCGGGGAUUGCAGCUUGGGAAGAUGAAAAUAGGGUCUCCUGUUGGUUCUUGGGGGGUCCAAUCCGGGUCUAGAUUUGGGUCGCCACGUGGGUCAUCGCUGCGACCCGGGUUCUGCAGCCUGCCUUCUACUCCUACUAGAACAAUGGUAACUCGGUCUGGACUUGGCCAGCUGGAUAUCUGGGGAGAUAGUAGUACUUGCGAGGAGGAGCCUGCAAUGGAGAGGGUGGAGUCUGGGAGAGAUUUGAGGGCGAAGAUAUAUGCAAAGCUGAGUAAAGAGAACUCACUGGACCCUGAUCGAGUUGAGUCUGCUGUUUCCGGGCCAGAUGUUGGGUGGGUUUCCGAGUUGGUGAAGUGAAGUUUCCAAAUUUUUGUUAAUUUUGUUAAUGGGGUUUAAUCAAAUUCUGUGGCCCAUCGAUUCUUCUGACUUUUGUGAAUAUGAAGUUGAUGAUUUGGUGUAAAUAUGAAGUUGUAGAUGGGGAGAGAGAUCUCAGUAGUCUCUCCGUUUUGUGGCAUUCGAGAGGAGAACGAAGACAAGAUGCAAACUUUUUCUUAUACAGAAAAAUGAAGUAUUUCCCAGGGGCUGCCGGAGAAUGGGUAGCGGCUUGUUGAUCAUUCUGUUUAUGAAUUGUAUUUUGAAUUAUCAUUCUGUCUAAUUUCCCGGAUAUUAUUUUUAUAUCUGUAAGUUGCCCUAUGUUUACUAUUCUAAUCAAUGUAAUGUUAUAUCCAGUGAAAUUUAUUGCUGUCA